AGGGUCUUUAUUCGCCAAAUCGGAGGCUCCUUCAAAGCCACAGUUUUCGUCUCCGAAGCCGAAACCAGGUGGAAGGAAGCCCGUGAGGAGAUGGAUCAGACCGAGUUGGGGGUCCAGGAGAAGCUGGAGAUCGUGGGGAUGGAGGACGAGGAGGGCAAGCCCAUCAGCGCCCUGAGCAUCCUGUCUCUGCUGGAGCGCGUGGCCGGAAUCGUCGACGACGUGCAGUCGGGCCAACAGCGCAUGGAAGAACGUCAGCUGGACCUGGAGAGCAAUAUCCGCGGCAUCCAGGGCGACGUCCUCAAGCUCGCCAAGGAGCACGCCGACGCCAGCGGAUGCCUGGACAAGCUGCUGCAGAAGACCCGCAAAGUCAGCGCCAACGUCAAGGACGUCCGAGCCCGCGUGGGGAAGCAGAACGGUCGCGUCAAGAAGGUCGAAAGCACCCAGGACGAGCUGCUCACUCGGAACAAGUUCAGAGUUGUCAUCUACCAGGGUGAAGCCGAGGUUCCUUCGGUGGCCGUCACCAAGGGCCCCAAGCGGGGCCUGGAGGAUCCGGAGCCGGAGCCCGACUCCUACGACGUCCCCGCCGACCUCUCCUCCGACGAGGAGUACCUGAGCGUGGAGGAGGCGGACCCUUCCCGGGCGGCCCGGUUCAAGAAGUCCAUGGUGAAAAGCACGGAGACCCUGAAGGCGGCCUUCUCCAAGGAAAACAUGAGCAAGACCAAAGACAACCUGGGCACCAAGUUCCAUCACCUGGGCGAGAAGGUGAUGCCGCCCGAACGCCGCGAGAAGAUGCACCAGGCGGGCGAGCGCCUCAAGCAGAGCGGCGAGCGCUUCAAGGAGAACAUCGCCAAGAAGGCGCCUACCAAGGAGAGCUUCAAGAUCAAAAUCAAGAAGGAACGCGCCGUGGCCGAGGGCCAGGAAGGCGCGGACGCCGAGCCCCGACCCGAGCCCGCCUACGCCGAGGUCGUCGCUGAGACCAAGAGGGAGGGCCCGGUGGAGCAGGUCCGGGCCCCCGAGAAAGCCCAGCGGGAAGAAGAUUCCGGGAAUUAGGCGGACGCCAAGUCCACAACUGCCGUGGCGAAGGACACGUCACCGUUACAGGAAACAAACCACCGUUCGAGUUUAGGAGAGAUGCGGGGCACCGUCACAACAGGAAGUGGACCACCAGCGCCCGAAGUAAACCACAAUUACAGGAAGUCAAGAAGUUGGCGUCUGCGCAAUUGGUUUCUUCAACGGCCGCUCAGCGCUUUCCAUCCUUCGCUACGUUGGGGUGUCUUUAGGAACUCCCGCACAUGCUAACUUGCCAUCGGGGGAAUCUUUAUAUCGUCCGAGGUCGAUGACAGCCGUGACUUUUGGUUGCCUUUGUCAAUUUAAACAUUCAAAAUGCAAUUAGACCGUACGAAAUGUCGCUUUUGGUGGAAGAUUUAAACUGGGUCACUUUUGGCGUUUAGCGAAUGUUGGAAAGGGGCGUGGCAUCGUGACUGACACAUGUCGUGCGAUGAAUUGUGUGUGUGUGCACGCGCGCGCGUGACCGUCGGGCACUUGCGCCACUCGGUGGCUCCAUGGUUCAUGGUUGUGGGUACAAUUCUAAAGUCAGUCCUCGGACGCCCCCUGGUGGUCCCCAUUACGAUGCAAUCGUCUACGUGACAAUCCUUGGAAAUUAAAGCGUUGAAAUUGAAGCUUCCCUUCUUUCUCUUGGUGUCUAUAAAACUUUUCGUCGUCAAGAUGUGCUUGAUGAUUAGAUCAGGAUUGGUCUCUGUCACGUGGAAAAAAACAAAACAAAAACAAAAAGAAUCAAAGGCUGGUGGAAAACGGACUUUCAUUCGACGUAGAAAUUAUAUACACUUUGCAUGUACAAAUACAAGAGUCCCGUGUCAACUUUGACAAAGCAAAAUAUUCUGCGUAGUGUGCUCGCGUCACGCUAAACGUCAAGACGGGCAAGUUCAGCGACUGGAUCGUCUCUCCGGGAGAAAAAGUCCAGUUUCCCGCCGGCCGGCGGCUCCGCGGGUCACGACGACUUGACGAGCCUGCAGACAAUUUGAAAUAGUCAAGCCGGACCGAAGGCCGAGGGUGAGGGUGAGGGUGAGGCCGCGUUCAAAAUAUGAGCUACCCCGCGCCGUUGGGCCACCAAAGGUUCCCGUGGCAACCGUGCCGAAGGUGGUGGUCCCAGGGAAGCCUCUCACUUGCCGGCUUUACUUUGUCUUAAGGGGGAAAAUGACAACCAUCGAGCGUCAAAGGACAGUCGGUUAAAAAAAAAACA